AUGAGUUGCAACAUUAAGGAGACUAUUACUGUGUCUAGCAAAGGCAGGAGCAGUGGUGGCAGCUGUAUCAUUGGUGGUGGUGGUGGAGCACGGAUUUCUUCCUAUGGGAUAGGCAGUGCCAGAGGUUUCUCUGGAAGGAGCUACUGCGGUGGAGUGAAUUAUGGAGGGGGACUGAGCGUUGGUAGCUUGGCUGGUGGGAGCUAUGGAGGUGGCAACUGCUAUGGCAAUGGCCUGGGGUUUGGCCUCGGAGGAGGGGUGGUUGUUGGGGGUCUCGGUGGCGACUGUUUGCUGUCGUCCUGCGAUGAGAAGGUCACCAUGCAAAACCUCAAUGACCGCCUGGCCUCCUACCUGGACAAGGUGAAGUGCUUGGAGAAGGAGAACGCCGAGCUGGAGUGCAGGAUCAGAGAGUGGUACGCGACACAGGGCCUGUCCUGCGAGCCCCGGGACUACAGCUGCUACUACAAAGAGAUCGAGGACCUCCAGAACCAGAUUGUCUGUGCAACCAUUGAUAACAACAAGAUCAUCCUGGACAUCGAUAACAGCAGGAUGGCUGCUGAUGAUUUCCGUGUGAAGUACGAGACGGAGCUGGCCCUGCGCCAGAGCGUGGAGGCCGAUAUCAACGGGCUGCGCCAGGUCCUGGACCAGCUGACGCUCUGCAGGUCCGACCUGGAGGCACAGCUGGAGUCGCUGCGGGAGGAGCUCUGCUGCCUGAAGAAGAACCACGAGGAGGAAAUGUGCUGUCUGAGGAAGCAGUCGACUGGAGAUGUGAGUGUGGAGGUCAAUGCCUGCCCUGGCCCAGACCUCAGGCAGAUCUUGGAGGAUUUGAGAUGCCAGUAUGAAACACUGAUUGAACGCAACCGCAAGGAAGUCGAGGAUUGGUACGAGUGCAAGAUUGAGGAGGUGAAUCGGGAGGUGAUUACAAGUGGUCAGGAGGUGGAGACGUGCAACAACCAGGUGACCGAACUGAGACGCCAAUUGCAAGCCCUGGAAAUCGAUCUCCAAGCUCAGCUCAGCCAGAGAAAUAACUUGGAAUCCUCUCUGGCUGAGACUGAGUGCCAGUACAACACCCUCCUCGGUGAGCUACAGAACCAGAUCACGUGUGUGGAGCAGCAGUUGGCUGAAAUAAGGGCGGAAAUAGAGUGUCAGAACCAAGAGUACAAGACCUUACUGGACGUCAAGUGCCGCCUGGAGCAGGAGAUCCAGACCUACCGGUGCUUGUUGGAAGGAGGACAGCAGGACCUCAUUCACGGAGGAGGAAUCGGAACUGGCGGAGGGGUCAUUAGGACAAGCCACACCUACACAACAACUACAGCUGCCCACUGCCAGCCCCAGGUCCCACCCUGCAAGACUGGAGACAUACAAGUGACCUGCAGGAGAAUUUGUGAUUAAGGAGGAACGGACUGGAAGGUGACAGGGAAACCCAGAGAC